AUGAUUGAGCUCACAAAUGAAGAAGAGAAGACGCAGCACAACAAGCUUUCCACCACUUUUUAUACCGAGCUAGGAAUACUCAAGCCAGCCGCCAUCUCAAUCCUCUUCUUUGUAGAUGAGCGCACCAUCAAGAACGCAUUUGAAGUAGCCAAGGGCAAUUUUGACAUUGCAGUAUCCGACUUGAUAGACGCAAAGAUUUGCAGCACCUCACCAGCUUCCAGUCCGUCGUCUCAGCCGUGCGACCCGCAACAAGAGGGAGACUACGGCAAGCCUUCCUUGACAACAUGCCCUUCUCGAACUGUCGCAAACGCUGUCGCGAUCUCCAGCUGCUUCGCGUGGCUCAUUGACCUCGGCAUACCGAGCCGACUUUAA